AUGCUGAAUAACAAGGCAAGCUCCCUCGCGCACCAUUACCAGCAGCAGCAACAUUUCGUCGGGUCUCACACCGAUUACCACCAUCCUCACCUCUCACUUGUCAAACCAGGACACAACAUGGAACGCUCAGUUUCUCCUCAUAUGUCUGAGCAUUCCUCGUACUCGACGGCUCAUAGCAUCGCGAGGUCAUAUGCUUCUCCAGGGGCAAUGCAAGCAUCUAUGCACAUGUCCAAUACCAUGCCAGGUCAGAUGUCGCUACCCAACUUUCCAGAAAUGCCAGGCGGUAUGGGGGCUGUUCAUGGCAUGACGAUGCACCAGAUGUCCCAGCACAAUCAGCCUUCUCCUCAGCCCGCGAAGGCCUUCCUGUGCGGUACUUGCAGCAAAAGUUUUGCUCGUCGCAGCGAUCUGGCACGACAUGAACGUAUUCACACCGGGUUGAGACCACAUGUCUGUGAUUUUCCCGAAUGUGGCAAGCAGUUUAUUCAGAGAUCUGCUCUCACAGUUCACAAACGCGUCCACACUGGGGAGAAGCCUCAUCACUGCGAAAUCUGUGCCAAGGUUACGUUUCAGCGAUAG